UAAUGUAGAGAGAGAAUCAUGGGAAGAAUGUCUUUCAUCUCUCUCAUCAUUUCCAAUUAAAGAAAAGCCAAACCAGAAGACCCAUUUUUUGCUUUAAUCUUUUAGGCUGGAAUCUAUUUCCAAAACCCCACAGAUUUCAACCAUCAAUACCCUAAUUGCAAUACAAUACCAUCAGAAAGAAUCCUCCUUCAUGAGUUCAUCAGAUCGAUUGUUGUUCAACAGGCAGACAAGUGUUCAUCAGAUUCUUGGAGGGGGACGGCUUGCAGAUUUGAUUCUAUGGAGGCAUAAAAAUGUGACAAUGGGGAUACUGAUGAUAACUUUGGUUUCCUGGGUGAUGUUUGAGAGAUCCAAUUACACGUUGCUAUCAUACGUAUCCAAUGUUCUCUUACUUCUGCUUAUCAUCCUUUUCCUUUGGGCUAAAUCGGCACAAAUUCUCAACAGGCCUACGCCACCAAUCCCACAUUUUCAGCUCUCAGAAGAAACCAUAAACGAAGCUGCAGCUCUGUUUCGUGAUCGAAUAAACAGGCUACUAACCAUAUCCCACGAUAUUGCGCUUGGUAAAGACCCAAAAAUGUUUGUGAAAGUAGCUGUGUAUUUGGUUCUGAUAUCUGUUAUUGGAAGCCUAACUGAUUUGCGUACGUUGUGCUACACAAGCGUUUUCUUGGUUCUUACGGUUCCGGCGUUGUAUGAGAGAUAUGAAGAACAUGUUGAUUCUGUUAUACUGAAGGGAAAUAUGAAGUUGAAGCAGUUGUAUAAUAGAUAUGAUGAGGAAUGUAUAAAGAAAGUAAGAAAGUGGAUAUUGGAGAAGAAUAAACUGAGUUAACCAAUUCUUUUGGGGUUUGAUUCUUCAAUGUGUAAUGGUUUUCUUGUAUGUAUGAAGAGAGGUUUUGGUGAGAAAUGAAGAAAAUAAUAUCUGAUUUGAAACUGA